CAACAAGAACCACAUCUGGCCAUGAGAAUGGGGAAAUCACUUGUAUAAUGCUGGGCAGCAGUGGGGAAUUAUAUAAAGUCAACAGAAGCUGGAUGCACCAGCACAUAUCCAUUUCCUGCAGAGAGAGGUGCCAUCUGACUCCACUGUCAAAAGGCUGCUCUUCACCCUCCUGGAAAGAUGUUCCUGAUACGGCUGGGAUUUGUGACUGUGCUUCUUUGUAGUCCGGUGAUGAGUACAGGUAGUUUGACAUUCCACAUGAGUUCAGUGAUUGGGAUUCUAAAAGAUUUGGAAUUCCAUCUGAAUGGGACUCUGGACCUGGCUGUAAAGGAGCUUUUUCGGGAAGUAGAAUACUGCAAUGGCAAGUUGUGGCAGCAAUUCCUCUGCCCCAUGACUUCAGUGCCAUCAGAUAUGUCAUACCUGAAUGAGCCGCAAAGGACUUUCCUCAGAAACCUGGUAAAUCACACAGUUGAUGCUACCUUGGUAGAGCAUGGGGUGGUCUUAACCCCUGACGGGACCACAAUUUCCCUCAGUCCUCUCCUUGCUGGAAUAGCAGUUGGAUCCAAGAGAAGGAAGGACACAGUUCUUCUUGCCACACCUUUGGUCACUGACUCAUCAAAUAACUCUCAUCCAGAGCCACAAUUAACCCUAGACCCCCUCUUUGCCACCACAAUAGCUAUGGACCUUGGCAUGGCUUUCCUGCUCUUUGAGACCAACCAGAGUGAAGUGGCCCUGGGGCCAAAUGGAUGCUGGGAUAACAUCUCUGCACCCCAUACAUUCACCUUGAUGGGACCUCCCUCCAAUAUUACUGAUGCUUUCAUCAAUGGUGCAAUGGAUGGUCUCAUUCUGGGAGCCUUUAUUGCAGAGAAAUCUGAGCCAAUGACCAGUCUCAGUGCCCUCCUGGGUGACUACUAUGGAAGAAAAGGCCUGAAGUGGAAAAAUCGUGUGACUAGGAGCAACUUCCGACGAAAUAACUUUGCAGCCCUGGUGAGUGAGGAAAAACUAAGGGACCAAGUACGGCGUUCCAUGCAACUACUUAAGCAGCUGCAUAAAGACAGUCCCCUUUUCGAAGGUAUCUCAAGUGAGGAAACAGGAUUUCUUGCAAAUCAAGCGGUAGAAGAAUUCAUGGCAUUAUAUGUAGAGUGUCCUCCAAUCAUCCCAAGAUGCAUGUGGGGGGCCCGGCCGUAUAGAGGAACACCAGCACAGCUUACUCUGCCCUUGAACUUUGUAUAUGUCCACCAUACUAGCAGUCCUUCAAAGCCAUGCCAAACCUUCUCAGCAUGUGCAGCUGACAUGCGCUCCAUGCAGAGGUUUCACCAAGAUGUCCGUGGCUGGGAUGACAUUGGCUACAGCUUUAUUGUCGGAAGUGAUGGGUACCUGUACCAAGGCAGAGGCUGGCACUGGGUAGGGGCUCACACCCUGGGCUACAACAGCAAAGGUUUUGGUGUCAGCUUCAUUGGGGACUACAUGAAGACCCUUCCAGUCACCUUUGCCAUGGAGCUUUUGAAGAACAACUUCUUGCAGUGUGCAGUGAGAGGCUCAAGGCUGCAUGCCAAUUAUACCAUCUAUGGACACCGUCAGAUGGUAUUAAACACCAGCUGCCCAGGAGACAGACUCUUCCAAGAGAUAGAAACAUGGGAAAGAUUCAAGGUCAGAUGCUUCAUGGACAAGGACACUCACCGCUGUGUUUAAAGCACUGCACAAAGAUCCCUGACACAAGAGAUGGACAGGUAGAUGUCUUCAAUCAGCAUCUUUUUGUGCCCAAGUCAAACACCAGGGGGCAGCAUCUGCCAUGAGUCAAGGAGGAAUCAACUCGCAUCCUAUCUAUAUAAAUAAAAAUGUAAUGUUCGUUUGUGGGAUUAACAGAACUCAAAAACCACUGGGGGAAUUGACACCAAAUUUGGACGCAAGACACCUACCAACCCAAUGAAUGUCCUUCGCUAAAAAAAAAAAGAUUUUGUCAUUUGGGAGUUGUAGUUGCUGGUAGUUAUAGUUCACCUACAAUCAAAGAGGAUUCAAAGCUCCACCAAUGAUGAAAUUGGGCCAAACUUAGCACAAAGGACUCCCAUGACCAACAGAAAACACCAGAAGGGUUUGGUUGGCAUUGACCUUGAGUUUGGGAGUUGUAGUUCACCUACAUCCAGAGAGCACUGUGGACUCAAACAAUGAUGGAUCUGGACCAAAUUUGACACGAAUAUUCCAUAUGCCCAAAUAUCAACACAGAUGGAGUUUGGGGGAAAUAGACCCUGACAUUUGGGAGUUAUAAUUACUGGGAUUUAUAGUUCACCUACAAUCAAAGAACAUUCUGAACCCCACCAAUGACAGAAUUGGGCAAACUUCCUACACAGAACCUUGAUGACCAGCAGAAAAUACUUAAGGCCAUCCAGUCCAACUCCCUUCACCAGGGCAAGAAAACAUAAUCAAAGCCCUCCUGACAAAGAGCCAUCCAGACAUAGAUAUAGAUGAUUCACGCACACACAGGUAUAGUAUCAUAUAUUUGAAAGGGACCCCUAAAGAAGGACAAUUAUAUGUUGCAUGUUCCUGAGUAGGCAAACCAGACAAUCUCCACAUCAACACUGACAAAGAAACAAGAAGAAAUACUGUUUACCCACAAGCAUCAAGAAAUUACAAAUAUUAGAAACCAACACUUUCUAAUUACUUUAUUUUCCAGAUCACCAGACUGGGCCACAGCAACGCGUGGCGGAGGACGGCUAGUUGCUGACAUAAAUUUGAGAAGUCAUUCAGUGUUCUACAGUGGGCCCUCCACAUACACAGAUUUAACUUGGUAGAUUUUAUCAAUAUGCUCUCUUUAGGAAUCUUUAGUUCCUCUAGUGCAACUUCUGCUGGAUGUUGACUGUAUAGUUAUGCUAUGGCACCUAGAGAGUCAAAGAGUGGUGCUCUCUCAAGUUAAAUCAAGCAUUUUUUUCACUUUCAUGUGAGUCCUAUACCUCUAGCCCUUCAAAUGCCUGCUGUACUAUGAUUUGCUAAUUUGAGAUGGGGCGUAUAUGGGAUAUUUGAGACAAUCUUGGGGCAGUCAUGUGCCAGAACUGAAAGGAGUGGAGAAAGGCAACCAGGUAUCCUUUAGGGCAGGUAUCCGAACUAAGGCCCAAGGGCUGGAUACGGCCCUCCAAGGUCAUUUACCCAACUCUCUCUCAGGAUCAAACUAAGUCUGAAAUGACUUGAAAGCACACAACAAUCCUAUCUCAUCAGUCAAAAGCAGACCCACACUUCCCAUUGAAAUACUAAUAAGUUUAUGGGUUAUUGUAGGUAUAUGGCCAUG